AAAUAUUUAUAGACAACCAAUCAACGGGAACAUCAUCGCCAGUACGCCAAUCAAGUAAUAAGCUCAGAAAAGACAUCGCCAGCAAUGCACAAUACUAAUAUGGCCCCGAAUGACACAAACAUGAAUAUUACCGGGAACUCGAGCGACUCCACGGAGACGGGGACAUUGUCCACCUUGGUUCUGACGAUCGUGAUAUGUGAGGCCAUCUUAAUGGUAGUCAUUUGCUGUGGCAACGUUCUGGUCAUUGCGGCUUUUUACAGAAACGCGGCGUUGAGGACGGUCACCAACUUUUUCAUCCUCCACCUCGCAGUUGCGGAUACAUGUGUCGGGGCCACGAUGCCGUUCCACAUCUAUAUCUUCUUUGAUAGACGGAUACUAGGGAACAUUUAUGUUUGUGUGUUUAGGUAUUCGUCCAUUACCGUUACAUUAACAGCCUCAGUCCUGUUUCUUCUCGCCAUUGCUGUCGACCGCCACGUGUCAAUCGUACACCCACUACGCUACCACGUGCUCAUGACGCAAUCAAGAGCCCGGAUAAUCGUCACCGCAGUGUGGCUCUCGUCUAUCGGGUUUGCCUUCGUUAUCCCAAUGGUUUGGCAUAAUUCCUGGGAAGACAUUCCAGACAGGGACUGUGACUUUGGAAAAGUCAUGCCAUGGGUUUAUUUAGCGUGGUUGGUGCCUUUAUUUAUCAUAAACACCCUUGCCAUUCUUGGGCUCUACGGUAGGAUAUUUUACAUAGCUCACGAGCGAGCGCAUCGGAUUCAAAGGUACAAUACACAACCGAGAUUGGCAUUUACUACGAACUUAAAGAUAGCGAAAACAGCAGCCAUCGUGUUAGGACUCUUUAUGCUAUGCUGGUAUCCGUUCUAUUUGAUAACGGCCAUUCAGGUGUACGGUGGGUUGAUAUACUCCGAGACUUGGGAAGAAUGGCGCAGUUACGCCACUAUCUUAGCUAUAGCGAACUCGGCACAGAACCCGGUGGUUUACGCAUUCAGAAUGAAAGCGUUUAGAAACGAAUUCAAGAAACUGCUUCGUAUAAAGCCUUCACAGAAACCAAACGUCGAUUUGGAACGUUCUGUCACUACUCAGGUUGGGGAUGGGAAUGGCAGGGAUGCCAGAAGUGCGUUAGACAAUGGUGCCAGUCACAGCGAAGCAGCGUAACACAAUACAGCCAUGUUGAGAAGGAUAUUCACCUCAUAUGUGCAUGGUAUGAGUAAGUGAAUCCGCCACGCAUAUAAGGUGUAACCCUGUCACAGCUACGCCUCCAGAAACGCCGCAUCUUGUCAUUCUGACAAAUGAGGACAGGGACGAUAAUAGACGAGAACAUACGAGAAUAGAACACUCGCAAUGCAGCCACAUUGUGAAGGAUUUUCGCCCCAUAUGUGCAUGGGAUGAGUAGGUGAAUCCGCCACACAUAUAAGGGGUUAAUGCGAUCACAGCUUCACCUCCAGAAUCGCCGUAUCCUGCCAUUCUGAGAAAUUAAGGACAGGCACGACAUAAAACGAGAACAGGCGAGAAUAAAACACUCAAGGCUAUCUCGGUCACGGUGCUAAUAUUACCUGUUCAAAUUUCCAUUGGAUACAUGCAUUCUU